AUGUCUACCUUCCAAAAACACCAUGUGUUUGAACCGACUGCCAUUGUCAGUGGGGGCGUUAGAAAGAUUAAGCCAUGGCUUACGCGCGACUCCUUCGGGAAUAAAUAUGCGAAGGCACUGAGAAGUGAAGCAUUGUUGGCAAACAAGUCCUUCAUCAGUCGUCCAUCCUACAGUAGCAGUUAA